CAUGAUUCUGUCUCUCCAGUAAUAGUGCUUGCAAAAAAAGGAGUUUUAAAGCUUUUGCUUUUUUGGAUUGUGUGAAUGCUUCAUUCGCCUCACAAACAACCACAGAACCACAAGUGCGGUGCAAACUUUCUCCAGGAGGACAGCAAGAAGUCUCUGGUUUUUAAAUGGUUAAUCUCCGCAGGUCACUACCAGCCACCGAGACCAACAGAGGCAUUUAAGGCUGCAAGCAGAAUUUACAACAGAGGGUACAAGUUCUAUCUGAAAAAAAAAGGAGGGACUAUGGCAUCAAACAGCCUCUUCAGCACAGUGACACCAUGUCAGCAAAACUUCUUUUGGGGUGAGGAAACUGAAGUCCAGAGGGGUUUCUUGAACUGCCCAAGGACACACCACUAUUUAGUGAUACAGCUGGGACCAAAACUGAGGUCCCCUGACUCCUGGUCCAGAGUUCUUUCUACUAUCCCACAAGGAACAUACAAAUAAAAGUUGAUAAUUAACUCACAA